AGAUACGCACUGUUGCAGUUUACUAUAGUUGCUACUUGCUAUAGUUUACUAGUUUAACUCCGCGUAUAAACCAGAACGAAAACGUUGGAAAAUUUUUUUUUUUUUGACUUUUAAAACAUGACGACUGCUGCCCGACCGACGUUUGAACCAGCCCGUGGUGGCCAGGGCCGCGGAGAAAACGAUCUCAGUGCCUUGUCUGUGCAAUAUUCCAGCAGGGAUUUACCGUCGCAUACAAAAUUAAAAUACAGAGAACCGGGACAGGGCACAACUGAAGAGCUCCAGAAACAAGAUUUUGCAAAAGUACUCGAAGAAAAAGAAAAAAGUGUUGCGACUAAAGCGAUAGGAGGUGAACCUCCACAAAAGAAAAUACGUCCUGAACAUGUUCCAAUUGCAACAUUGGAUGUUGAUGAUCCAUUAGAUUUGGACGCUUCAGAUGAUGACGAUAGUGAAGAUGAUGCAGAAGAAUUAAUGUUAGAAUUACAAAAAAUUAAAAAAGAAAGAAUGGCUGAAGAAGCUCGUAUGGAAGCAGAUAAACGUGAAGCCGAAGAACAGAUUAGAAUCCAGAAUAUUCUUCAAGGAAAUCCAUUACUAACCUAUGGAGGAGGAUCAGCAGUACCCAAAGUAAACCAAAAAGUUAAGAGACGCUGGAAUGACGAUGUGGUAUUUAAAAAUUGUGCUCGUACAGAACCAGAAAAGAACACUACAUUUAUAAAUGAUUGUAUACGUUCUGAUUUUCACAGAAAAUUUAUGGAUAAAUAUAUUAAAUAAUGUUUAUUAUGUUUUUUAAUGGUAUAAAAUAAAAAUUUAGGUUAAUUAUAAUAUACAAAUACACAUUUUUUAAAAAAUAAAAUUAUAAUAUGUAUAAAAA